ACUCCUCGCUUCCGCCCCAGAGUUGGCAAAAUCCAAGCGCGCAAUCAUGGGCGGUGCUUCAACUCUUUAUCGUGUUUGGGCGUAGGAUGCAGUGCAUCUCAAGACGGAAACAGUGAUAUAGGAGCUCUAGGCUUCCGUCCAUCGCCUGAGACCUGGAGUUGGGGCAGCGGUGCGACUACGUCAGCGGUGGUGCGAAGGGACGGAUAUCACCGAGAAUCCAGUGCUCUUCCCUGCGCCAGGUGUAAAGCGUUGCUGAUCUGGAACAGCCACUCCCUGCCUGAUUCAUGCCACCUCUACUGGACCAGACUGGACCAUAAGGACCGGUCGAGGUUCCUCCGAACGGCUGUACGCGCAAAGGCAUAUUAUACUGGCUUUGAUUCGGUUCCCGAGUUGAUGAUGGACGGGGAAGCUGCUCGCUGCGUAGAAUUCUAUGUGCAGCACCGGCGCUACAUAGGCCAGAGCCUCGGUUCGUGACAUCCCCGUUCUUGGCGAGUUUGUAUCGACACAUGUCUCCUUCGCGCUUGCAAUGGUGACGGGCAGCAUGUUGCGCCACUCGCUCGAUCUUUUCGCUAGCGCGACGAUCGCAGCGUCGGGGAUGGCACGUGCAAGUACCAGGUCUGGAGCAUCCUCGUCGAUUCGAACGUGGACCUCAUUCCGACCUUCCCCUUGACGACUUGCUGACGACAGAUCAAAAUGACCUAUUCCUGUCCGUCCCUACACUCUGUUCGGGCUGCCGCAUCCGAACGGAGAGAUCCAUGUUGUCAAUUCGUAACUGCGCGAAGAUCAUCUCCCGUCGUAGCCAUGAUAACAUCUUUGCCUCGGCGCCAUUUCUGUGUUCGAUAUAUCGACCUAGGCUCGCGCAGCGUUCGCUCUUGUAUAUCUUGAGG